GAUGUUCAGAGUACAGCUGGCAGCUUCCAGGGCAGCAGCCCGCCGACUCUACAGCAUGAAGGCGCCUCAGUCACUCUUCGUGUGCGCCAGGAGCGCUGCCAGACACCCUACUUAUACUCACCAGUCGUCGCUCCUUCAGAGGUUUGGCGGCGUUGUUUCGCGUCGUGGAUAUGCCGAGGCCGCUGCUCAGAAGUUCUCCCGGGCCAAGCCGCAUAUGAACAUCGGUACUAUUGGACACGUCGACCACGGAAAAACCACCUUGACCGCCGCUAUCACCAAGGUUCUCGCCGAGCGCGGAGGAGCCAAAUUCACCGACUACAACCAGAUUGACAAGGCGCCGGAAGAACGUGCUCGUGGUAUCACCAUUAACUCUUCUCAUGUCGAGUACGAGACCGACAACAGGCACUAUGGCCACAUUGAUUGCCCUGGACAUGCCGAUUACAUCAAGAACAUGAUCACUGGUGCUGCUCAAAUGGAUGGUGCUAUCAUUGUCGUCUCCGCUACCGACGGACAGAUGCCUCAGACCAGGGAGCAUUUGCUGCUGGCCCGUCAGGUCGGCAUCAAGAAGCUUGUCGUUUUCAUUAACAAAAUCGACAUGAUCUCCGAUCCCGAGAUGCUCGAGCUCGUCGACAUGGAAAUGCGCGACCUGCUCUCCACCUAUAACUUUGACGGCGAAAAUACCCCUAUCAUCAUGGGUUCUGCUCUUGCUACUCUUGAAGGUAAGACCCCUGAGACUGGUGCCGACAAGAUUGUCGAACUUGUCAAGGCUUGCGACGCAUGGCUCGAGCUCCCUCCUCGUGACCUUGACAAGCCCUUCCUUCUUCCUGUUGAAGAUGUCUAUUCCAUCUCCGGUCGUGGAACUGUCGCAACUGGUCGUGCUGAGCGUGGCAUUUGCCACAAAGGCGACGAGGUUGAGAUUAUUGGUUUUGAGACUAAGCUCAAAACUACUUUGACUGGCAUUGAAAUGUUCCACAAGGAGCUUGAUCGCGGUGAGGCUGGUGACAACAUGGGUGCCCUGCUUCGUGGUAUCAAGAAGGAACAGAUUCGCCGUGGACAGGUUAUCUGCGCCCCCGGUUCCAUUAAGGCCGCCAAGAAAUUCCAAGCUCAGAUCUACGUCCUUACCAAGGAUGAGGGCGGCCGCUACACUCCCUUCAUGGAAAAAUACAGCCCCCAGAUUUUCUUGCGUACCGCUAACAUCACGACCUCGCUCUCCUGGCCCAAAGACACACCCGAUGCUUCGGACAAGAUGGUCAUGCCUGGUGACAAUGUCGAGAUGAUUUGCGACCUUAUUCACGAUGUCGCUGCUGAUGUUGGAACUCGCUUCACCCUCCGCGAAGGUGGUAAGACUGUCGGAACUGGUAUUAUCACUAAGAUCUUGGAGUACGCGUAAACAGCUUAGAUGCGUCAUCUGAGUACAUAUUCCCAUAUAAUAGCUACACUCCGGAAAAGUAGUCAUCGUUGCUGUCGUCGUUAUUCUGUAUCAUCGCUUUGCUCACAUCACUCGCAACCCGUUU